AAAGCCAAUUAAAAAAAAAUCAAAAUGGCACCUGCGUCGAUUUGUUUUUGUUAAAUACGUGACAAAAUAACAUUUGUAUUUGGCCCUAAAUUAGUCUGAUAAGAAACAAUAAAUAAAAAUGGGUGUACCAGCAUUCUUUCGCUGGCUUAGCCGCAAAUAUCCUAGUGUCAUUGUGGAGUGUAUUGAACAAAGGCCAACCGACGUAGAUGGCCAGCUCGUAUACGUAGAUUCCUCGCUUCCAAAUCCAAAUGGAAUAGAAUUCGACAAUCUUUACUUGGACAUGAACGGAAUUAUCCACCCUUGCACCCAUCCGGAGGACAAGCCACCUCCUAAGGAUGAAGAUGAGAUGAUGGUCGCUAUCUUCGAGUGCAUCGACAGACUGUUCCGUAUUGUGAGGCCUAGGAAGCUGUUGUACAUGGCUAUUGAUGGAGUAGCCCCCAGAGCAAAAAUGAACCAGCAAAGAUCACGUAGAUUCAGAGCUUCCAAGGAGACACAGGAAAAGAUUGAGGAGGUGGCUCGCAUCCGUUCAGAAUUGCAAGCAAAAGGGGCGUACUUGCCCCCAGAAAGGCCCAAGGAAGCUCAUUUUGACUCUAACUGCAUCACUCCUGGUACACCCUUCAUGGACCGCCUCAGCAAAUGCUUACAUUAUUAUAUUCAUGACAGAUUAAACAGUGACCCAGGCUGGAAAGGUGUAAAGGUGAUUUUAUCAGAUGCUAAUGUGCCGGGAGAAGGAGAGCACAAGAUUAUGGAUUACAUUCGGAGACAGAGAGCCCAACCUGACCAUGAUCCCAACACCCAGCAUGUGUUGUGUGGUGCGGACGCGGACCUCAUAAUGCUGGGGCUGGCCACACACGAGCCCAACUUCACCAUCAUCAGGGAGGAGUUCAAGCCCAAUAAGCCAAGGCCUUGUGACGUUUGUGGCCAAUUGGGUCACGAGAUGAAGGAGUGCACGGGCACGACGCCCGACGCGGCGCUGGUUCGCUCCGAUCCCGCGUUCGGCAACCAGGACAGCUUUAUCUUCGUGCGGUUGACAGUUUUGAGGGAAUAUCUCGAAAAGGAGUUGCAAAUGCCCAACCUGCCGUUCAACUACGACUUCGAGCGCGCGCUGGACGACUGGGUGUUCAUGUGUUUCUUCGUGGGCAACGACUUCCUGCCGCACCUGCCCAGUCUGGAGAUCAGGGAGGGGGCGGUGGACAGACUCGUCACCUUGUACAAGAAGUGUGUCUACAAAACUAAAGGUUGGAUCACUGACUCGGGCGACGUGAACCUCGACCGGGUGCAGGUGAUAAUGGACGAGCUGGGGCGCGUGGAGGACGAGAUCUUCCGGCGCCGCCACCAGAACGAGAUCAACUUCAAGGCGCGGGAGAAGGCCAAGAAGCAGCAGAAGGUCAACUUCGGCCUGCUGGAGAGGACGCAGUUUGCGCCACAGCGUCUCGGCGGUGCCUCAAAGGCCGUAGUGAACCCUCGUCAGGAAGCUGCCGAAAUCCGCCGCGCCGGCAUGCAGGCUGUAGCUGCGCAGGAACAAGCUGACAACCGCGGCCGCAAGCGGUCAGCGGCACAGGCCGGCCUCGACGAAGACGACGACGAGGCUCACGACGAGGUGCGGCUUUGGGAGGAGGGCUUCAAGGAGCGCUACUAUGAGAGCAAGUUUGAGGUGGCCAGAGACAAUCUAGAGUUUAGGUACCGCGUGGCGCUGCAGUACGUGCGCGGGCUGUGCUGGGUGCUGCGCUACUACUACCAGGGCUGCGCCAGCUGGAAGUGGUACUUCCCCUACCACUACGCGCCCUUCGCCUCGGACUUCGUCAACGUGCAGGGCCUCUCCACCAACUUCGAGAAGGGCACGCAGCCGUUCCGUCCGCUGGAGCAACUGAUGGGCGUGUUCCCCGCCGCCAGCUCUCAGCACGUGCCGCAGCCCUGGGCCAAGCUCAUGAGUGACCCGUUCUCCCCGAUCAUCGACUUCUACCCCAUCGACUUCAAGAUCGAUCUGAACGGCAAGAAGUUCGCGUGGCAGGGCGUCGCGCUGCUGCCCUUCGUGGACGAGUCGCGACUGUUCAAGGCGCUCGAGCCGUACUACAAGGAGCUGACGCAGGCGGAGAUAUACCGCAACAUCAAAGGGCACGAUCGCUUGUACGUGGCGCCCUCUAACAAGAGUUACGACUUCCUGCUGGCGCUGUACCAGGACGCGGGCUCCGAGCUGCGCCAGCUGAUAGACAGCGAGCAGCGCUACACCUUCCGCUGCGAGGGCGUGCGGGGGGACGUGAUGCUCAGCGCGGACAGCGUGUGUAUUGGCGGACAACUCGCCUCCCCAGUGGUGGGCCUGAAACCCGUGCUGGGCAACCAGGUGGUGUGCGUGCGCUACCAGGACCCGCAGUACCCCGACGACUUCAUCUUCCCGGCGCGGAGGCUGCACGGCGCGACCGAACCCCCUCGAGUGCUGAAGCCGGGGAACCUUUCACAGCAGGAGAACAGGAACUGGAGGCCGCAAAUUGGCAUGGUCCGCUCCAACACGGUGGCGUCGCUGGAGGCGGCCGGGCACCGCAUGCUGGGCCACCAGCUGCCUCGCUCCGGCUCCCACUCCAACGUGCCGCCGCCGCAGCACCAGCACAAUCGUUCCCAAUCCUUCGGACCGCAUCGCAGCGGGUACGUAGCGAACCAGUCGCAGGGUUACAGCCAAGGGUACGAUCGCAACCACCAGUCGCAGUCAGGAUAUGGUUCCAACCAGGACAGAUACGGCUCAAACCAGGACAGACAAGGGAACCAAAGGUACGGUUCGAACCAAGGGUACGGUUCAAACCACGGCUACGGCUCGAGCCAAGACAGACACGGCCAAAACCACGGCAGAUACAAUUCGAACCAAGACAGAUAUCAGAACCAGGGUCACCAGGGUCACCAGGGUCAGAACUACAGGUCUUACAAUCAGGGUCAGGGCUCCAAUCAGGGGUACCCGCAGAAUAAGUAUCAACGGAAUGAUCAAGCAAGGGACGUCCAUGGGCAAAGACAAAAUAGCAGGUACCAGGGAAAUUCCACGUGGCGUUAAAGUUAAAUCUAAUAUUAUCUAUACUUUACAUCCGGUUUAUUGUAUAAAAGCACCUUAUUCGCGCUUCCUUUAUUCGCGGAUCUGGCUGCCAAAAAUGACAUAAAAUCUGCAAAUUUAAGUACUGUAAUAUCAGUCUGAAUUAAAGAAACUUUUAAAAACAGUCAAGCAUGAAAAAAAUACAAAAGUCUAAUAUAAUAAACCUUUGUCUAAGACUGAAGAUAAUAAUUAUAUAAGUAAUAUGGUCAAAAACUCAAUAUGAUUGUUUUCAUAUAAUUUGUUUUUUUAUUUUGUCAACCAAGAACGUAUAAAGCCAUAUAAAAUACCAUUCCAUAUUCACGGUUACUUAAUUCGCGACAGAACGUAUAACCCGCGAAUAAGGAGCUUUACUUUAUAUGACACGUCGUAUGACCACUACAAAUUGACCAAGUUAUAUUGGACUAAAAGCCUGCAAUGGCUAGAUGUGCUUCAUUUUAUCAAAGCUGUAUAACAGUCUCUACCCCUACUAUGAGUAAGUGCGGUAGUCAAUUAUGGAGUUGGGAUUGUUGGAUUUGGAAGCGGGUCUUAAGGGUCCAGACGUCCAAAGGUAAAAAGUAAUUUAUGUUUACUACGAGUUUAACUUGAGGUUCACGUGACGUUACAAAAUAGCCGACAAUGGCGUCUGAAAAAAAAACGCAAUAUAUAACUUGAGUUUCUAAAGUAAUCUUUUACUAUUUUUAAUUACAAUUGGUAUUAUUUCAGACCCUCAUUCCAAAUACUAUACGAAAUUAAUAUUGUUUAUAUUAAAUUUGAUAUGAGUAACUAGCUUACUUAUUGCUGGAGCACAGGCUGACAAUAUUUCAGUUUUAUUAAAAUGAAUUAUGUCUGGCAGUAGCAGGCUUGUUUCAGUUUGUGAAAAUCACAUCGUAAUCCAAAUAUACGGAAAAGAAACUGUAUUAUGAUUCAUCUGAUGUCUAAGCCUGAUUUUUUAUCAUAUUGAUUGAUCACUCUCAGAAAGACUAGGUGAAUGGGAGCUUUAAGCCAUGUCGCUGUAAUAAGUUUGUACUGUAGACCCAAUGGAUUUGGUGGCUCCAAUUGACGUUUUAUCUAAUAUACAGAACCGUGUUUACAAUAUCAAGUAUAGAGUAAAUAGAUUUGAAGUUGGCGGUUAAAUUAGAAAAUAAUGAAGGGGUAAUUUUAACCCUUAUCUAAAUGUUGAUUGAUUUAUAUACAUCUCGAGAAUAGGUUAAAUAAAUUGAUUGAAAAAGACUAAAUGUAUUAAAUGUAAGUAUCUACAUUACAAAAAUGUAUGUAUAUCUUUUAGUUUCUGUGUGUCUUUAGAAAGAAAAUUGCACAGAAUUUUAUAUUACACUAAAUUGACAGGAACUAAGUGUUAUUCCCGUCCCACGAGGUAAUUUCAAACAAAAAAAAGUAUGUUUUUGUAUAUCGAAUGUAUUACUUUAUAUGUAUUAUUUUGAAUAUAUGUAUAACUUAGAAGGUUUCUAUUGAAAUUGCUAUAAUGUAAAUCAUGGCAAUUAAGCUGUUCUGAAUUAUCACCAAUUUGAUAGGAAACUAGUGUAUUUAUACUGCAGUACCAGCAGGUACCUACCUAAUUUUUGCAAAAAUGGACUAUUAAAUUUCAAUUCCUAUCGAAUUGGAAAUUUUUUGUGUAUUCUGCCUUGCCAUGACAUUACACUGUAUCAUCAGAUAUGACAUUACAGUGUAUCUUCAGACAUGACUUUACUCUGUAUCAUCAGACAUGAUACCUAUUAGACUGUAUCUUCAGACAUGACUUUACUCUUUAUCAUCAGACAUGACAUUACACUGUAUCAUCAAAUAUGACAUUAUUCCGUAUCUUCAGACAUGACUACUCUGUAUCAUCAGACAUGACAUUACAUUGUAUCUUCAGACAUGACUUUACACUGUAUCUUCAGACAUGACAUUACACUUUAUCUUCAGACAUGCUUGACACUGUAUCUUAAGACAUGACAUUACUCUGUAUCAUCAAACAUGACAUUACACUGUAUCUUCAAAUAUGUCAUUACACCGUAUCUUCAGACUUGCUUUAAACUGUAUCACCAGACAUAGGUAAUAUACUGUGAGGACUAAUAUACAAUUUGACUCGACAAUUGAUGAUUUUCAGAUACAGUGUUUAGUCAUGGCACAGUAGUGUAUUAAAUGUAUAAUGUAUUAAAAAAUUAAUUAAAUAUACGAAACUCAAUAAACUGUAUAAAAUAGUGCUCUUUCAUUGCACUGUGUGUAAAUGUUAGUUUUGUGUAGUGAAUAAUGAAAUAAUUGUACGUUUUUAUCGAAAUGUGUCCAAUUAUUUUCGAAUCCACCCAUUCUUAACCAAUUAACGUUUUUCACCAAUGAUUAAGAACCCAAACUUGCUAUAUUGCAUGAACAAAUUUAUCCCAGAAUGAGUUUGUAAAAGUUGAUUUCGACUUUAGCCAUUUGAGCUAUUUGUGUAUUUCAUUAUUUUUGAGACCAUUAAUUGCUUAAAUUGUAACUUAGAUAGAUAAUGGAAGGGGAAACUCAAUAUGAAAGUGUAGCUUUAUUAUAAUGACUACGGAACCCUAAAAAAGGAUAAGUAAGACUUGUAAGAUACCCCUAAAAGCAUUGGUGUGGUAUGAUCUUCAAACUGUAAAUAAUAUAAUAAUAAUUAUAAUUAUUUUGAGACAUUUUCUUAUAUUUUUUCGUUCAUACAAAUAAAAAAAUAAUGAAACUCAAAACUGAAAA